CAGCUGGGGCAAGGUCACCGAAAUAAAUUGACCUUUAACAUCACAUCUCGUCAUUGGAGGGAUUUUCUUUCUCUAUAUUUUCUCAUCCAUUUCCUACUCCGUCGAUCUCGAUCCUAAUACUCGUAAGAUGGCCAACGCCGCAUCAGGAAUGGCUGUGCACGAUGAUUGCAAGUUGAAGUUUCUGGAGCUCAAGGCAAAAAGAACCUACCGCUUCAUUGUUUACAAAAUUGAGGAGAAGCAGAAGGAAGUUAUUGUGGAGAAGCUUGGUGACCCGUCUAAGAACUAUGAUGAUUUCACUGGAAGUCUUCCUGCUAACGAAUGUCGAUACGCCGUGUAUGAUUUUGAAUUUCUAACACCAGAGGGUGUACCAAAGAGCAGAAUAUUUUUCAUUGCAUGGUCUCCUGAUUCAUCAAGGGUGAGGAACAAGAUGAUAUAUGCUAGCUCCAAAGACAGAUUCAAGAGGGAACUUGAUGGAAUUCAGGUGGAAUUGCAAGCAACAGAUCCAAGUGAGAUGGAUAUUGAUGUCAUCAAAAGCCGUGCUAACUGAAAAUCAACCUUUCAGGCCAUGCAAUGGGGGCAUCCUCAUGCUAUCUUUACUUGAUUGAAAUGUUUGUAAGUUGUGGACUGGUGAAAACUUGGAUAAUUGGUGUUGCCGAUUUCCGAGUUUUGCCAAUGGGUUUUUAUUUUUCUCCAAGAAAAAGACCUGUGCUGCUUCUGGGUAUGUGUCUUGUUUUCUAUAGAACCUCAAAUUUGGGUGCCUUUAUGUAAUCUAUUCUCGUCAAAGCUAAUAUGCAACUGUUUGGUAGGGGAUCUGCUACACCUUUAUUUCAUUUACAAGUAUUUUUAA